AUGGAAUUGUUCCAACUCUUAUGUUCAGCCAGCUACUACCAUCUCCCUGCACAUUUGAAGAGAUGCUUUGCCUACUGUUCAAUAUUUCCAAAGGACUAUGAAUUUAAGGAGCAACAGUUGGUUCUGUUAUGGAUGGCAGAGGGUUUAAUUCAGCCACAAGAAGGGGAAAAGCAAAUGGAAGAUCUAGGUAAAGAUUAUUUUCGAAAUCUAUUGUCAAGGUCAUUUUUCCAACAAUCAAACUAUGAUGACUCAAUAUUUUUAAUGCAUGACAUCAUCAACGAUUUGGCUCAAUUAGUUGUAGGAGAUAUAUACUUCAGAAUGGAUGAAAGAUUUGGGAGUAGUAAGCAAGGGAAAAUUUAUAAAAUGGCUCGACAUUUGUCUUAUCCAGGUGGUGGCACUAAACCGCUUGAGGCCUUUUCAAAACUAACAUAUUUGCGUACAUUCCUACCACUGAUGCUUCCACAAUAUCCAGGGUGUUGUCUCUUGACUCAGGAGGUUCCUCUUGAACUGUUGUCAAAAUUACGAUGCCUAAGGGUGCUCUCUUUAAGUGGGUACUACAUCUAUAAGCUUCCAAAUUCAAUUGGAGAUCUAAAACAUCUACGAUAUCUUGACCUGUCUUACACUCCAAUCACAAGCAUGCCUGAAUCAAUAACCACUCUUUACAACUUACAAACAUUGAUAUUGGAUCAAUGUUCUUAUCUUAAGAAACUACCUUCAACUUUUGAGAACCUUGUCAACUUGCGCCACCUCAAUAAUCUAGGUACAUACUCAUUGGAAGGAAUGCCUCCACAAAUGGGUAAAUUGACAUGUCUACAUACACUAUCGCAUCUAGUUGUGGGAGAAGCUAGUUGCUCUGGAGUAAAGGAGCUGGGGCCUUUAUUACAUCUUCAAGGGACACUCUGUAUUUCAAGAUUGGAGAACGUGAUUGAACCUAGGGAUGCAAGGGAAGCUAAGUUAAUCGAAAAGUCUGACCUUGAUGGCUUGUUAUUGGAAUGGAGUGACAAGUUGAACGAGUCAAAAGACAGAACAAGUGAAUUAGAUAUACUUAACAUGCUACGCCCGGGAGGCACUUUGAAAGAGCUCAUUAUCAGAUUCUAUGGUGGUACAAGAUUUCCAUCUUGGUUAAGAUAUUCCUCAUUUCCUAAUAUGGUGCUCCUAAGGAUUGAAAAUUGUAAAAAAUGCACAUCAUUGCCGCCAAUUGGGCAAUUACCAUCACUCAAAGACCUUUCGAUCGAAGGCAUGGAUGGCGUGAAGAAUUUAGCUGCGGAGUUUUAUUGUAUAAAGGCAUGUAUAUUAUACCAAAUGGGUAAAUCCAAACCCGAGCUGUUAAUUAAGCUUGUUUAUUGUGUCAAAAUAUCAAGCCCUAACAUGACUCAUUAA